AUGCCAACUUUGCAGUAUUCAGUUUUUGGCUCCAUAGUGACUAUUGGUGCAAUGAUUGGAGCAGUUACGAGUGGGCGUAUCUCCGAUUUUUCUGGCCGUAAAGGAGCUAUGAGAAUGUCAGCAAUCGUCUGCAUUAUAGGAUGGCUUGGAAUUUACUUUGCUGAAGGUGCAUUUUCUCUCGACCUUGGGAGAAUUCUUACAGGAUAUGGGACUGGAGUUUUUUCCUAUGUGGUGCCAGUUUUCAUAGCAGAGAUUGCACCAAAACAGCUUAGGGGAGGGCUCACAACCGUAAACCAGUUAUUAAUCUGUGCGGGAUUAUCGUCGUGUUACUUAAUUGGAACGCUGGUCACAUGGCGCAUGCUGGUUCUAGUUGGGCUUCUUCCAUGCUUUGUUAUACUUGUGGGUCUCUAUUUCAUCCCAGAGUCUCCUAGAUGGCUGGCGAAGGUGGGACGGGAUAGGGAAUCUGAAGUUGCAUUGCGAAGACUGUGUGGAAAGGAUGCUGAUAUCUCUCAGGAAGCAGCAGACAUUCAAGUUCACACUUGAAUCCUUUUAACAUUUGAAACUUUUAAUAGUCCACAGCUUUUUAAGUCAUCAUAAGGUGA